AAUUGGUUUAUCUGAUGCUGCAUUGGAUGCACUGGUGCAGUGUUUUUCCAGAAAACCUUCUGAAAUCAAGGUAUUCAGUAUGCCCUUCAUGUGAGACUUUCGUUGGUCUUAAUUCUAGUGUCUAUUGAAUAAAUGUUUUUGCUUUUCUGUGGUGCUGCUCAGUCUUCUCCCAUUUUUAUCUAAUAAAACUGGUCAUAGUGAAAACUCUAGUCCAGCUGUUUCCCAUUUGUUUUGUGCUGGCUUGACAGAGAUAUGAACCACCAUCAAACAUCUCAUACAGGAGAGAUAUACAAAGUUCUUAGUAAGGGAGAGAAUUUUGUGGAGGGCCCUAGGAAUUCAUUUCUUGAUAAAGAUCUUGAAGCAGCUCUUGAUUCUUUUGACAACCUGUUUUGUCGUCGAUGUCUUCUCUUUAAUUGUAGGCUGCAUGGAUGUUCCCAGGAUCUUGUCUUUCCAGCUGAGAAACAACUUCCAUGGAGCUUUCUAGACGAGGAAAAUAUAUCAUGUGGUCCGCAUUGCUAUAAACUGGGAAGGGUGACUAUUUAAAAUAACAUUCAGUAGCUUGAACUUCUCAUAUUUAUUUUUGUUAUCUAUUCAUUGCACAUCUUUUAUUGGCUUUGUUUUUAUUAUUAUUAUGUUUUACGAUUGGCAGAGACCGAGAGACUGAAGGCCAUGGGAAGCAGCAUGGAGAGCAAUUUAGAAUAACGGUGAAGAAUGGAUGGGGGUUGGGUGUUCACUUUCUUCUAAUUUUUUGUGUUAAAAUCCUUUGGAUUUUUAUUUCUCUUCUUUUUUCUUUUUUUCCUCUGAUCUGACUGGGGGGUUGGGUGUCUUAGUUCACUUUCUUCUUUUUUUGUGUGUUAAAUGGGGGAGUGGUGAGAGAGAAGAGGGUAAUAUUCUUUUGUGGCUUUGUAUAUGAGGUAAUAAUUUUUUGAUUGAGAAUUGUGAAUUCAAUUUUUGGAUAUGUUAUUUUGUGGGUAAUAGUGAUUGGAUAUUAAAUUGAAUG